AUGCCAGAACUCGAGCGCAAAUACAACGAGGUUCCAAUUACGAUAAUACCACGAUUCCACACGAUAAAUGGGUCUGCCGGCAACAGGGUGCAUAUAAACCCAACCUCAACCCGCUACGCCAAGCAGUCUCCUUCUUCGAGGCCACAUCGUCCUGCAGGCAUCUAUACCGGUAUCCGACUUGGCACAAUGAAUUUCCGUGAUAGCAAGGCCAGAACCUUUUUCAUGGACAAGCUCACUUCAGACGCCAACUACAACUUCAGUGUUAGACCAAACACAGCUUCCGCUCAAAAAUCUCUGAACACCAUCCAGAUGGCAUCCAUUUCAGAAGCCUUCCUAGCCGCGAAGCACCGCCUCGCAACCAACAGCGUCCAUUUCACAAAAGCCAUUAACCACCCAAAACGACUCCCCAAAGCCGCAGCAGCCCAGACCGCGCGGUGCAUAUCGACCCAACCGCCCCGAUCCUCCGCGGCCAUCGAGUCCAGCAGCAGCAGUCCCCGGCACCUUGGUGACCUCCCCCCGCCCGAUUACCACUUUCUGCGCACGCUCGUGCAGCGCAUGCCGUUCGUGCAGCCGGAGCCCAAAUCCACCACCGCGGUGUCCCAGCCACAGGACGACACAGUGUUCCAGCUCCCGCUAGGCUCGUGGUUCAAAGUUCCUUCCCGCGCGCUCGGGCUCUCCAUGACGGCGACAUUCGACCACGCCCUACAGGAGCAGGGCCUCGUAGCUAUUAAACUCGGCUUCAAGGACCCGCACAGCGCGUUCAUGCUCGAGUUGGUGCAGGCGAUGGGCUGCGUUCCGGACACGCACUCUGGGACGCAGGGCGCGCUGUGGGACGUCACAUACAAGCCCACGGGCGUCUACAGCGCCAAAACCAACGCCGCCGCACACAGCAUCUCGCACAGCCUAGGCGAAUUCGCCUGGCACACGGACGGGGCCUUCGAGCCUACGCCGCAGAAAUACUUCGGGCUGCACGUGCUGCACCCCGACAAGCUCGGCGGCGGCGUUUUCCGCCUCCUGCCCGCCGAAACGCUGCUUUCGCGCCUGUCGUCCGCGUCCGUAGACGCGCUUUUAAACACCGAGUUCGAGCUCAAUGUCCCGCCCGAGUUCUACAAGGGCCGCAAGACGAAUAGGGGCAAGAUUGUUGAUGUGGAUCCCGCUACUGGCCGCUUCAGGCUGAGGUUCCGUGCUGAUAUCCUCGCUGAUCCGCCCAGUGAUAGUCCGGCUGCGAACGAAGCUGUCUACGAGCUAAAACGCCUCCUGGAAUCCCCUCAAGCCAUUGGCUUCCGCCUCCCUGACGAGGUAUUUAGCGAGAACGUCGUCCUGCUGAUGGACAACAGCCGCUUCCUCCAUUCCAGGACCGAGAUUAAGGAUCCAAAGCGUUUGCUCCGACGUGUUCGGUUCCAUGAUCCGCCUUCUGAGGCGGCUAAGGAGAGUGAGUCAGAUGAGGUUCGGGCUUCGACUUAG